AUGACGACGGGCAUCUUCUGAAAGCUGCCCGACACAGUGCCUGAUCGGAUUCAGCUGUGAGCGCGGCCCGAGUGUUUUGGCGUCGGAUAAACAUGGCGGAGCUGAAGGACUGUGCAGAACUGAAGGAUUUCUUGAAGAUCAUUGGCUCUUAGAGAUACAGAGAGUUUGCAGCGUCAGUCGCAUCUGUCAGAGUUGAUGAUUCAGCAGGAGAAGCCGUUGGCGGGCAGCAUGCCGGUGGUUUGGCCCACGCUGCUCGACCUCAGCAGAGAUGAAUGCAAACGAAUCCUGCGCAAACUGGAGCUGGAAGCGUACGCCGGCGUGAUCAGCGCUCUGCGCGCUCAAGGAGAUCUCACGAAAGACAAGAAGGAGCUGCUGGGAGAACUCACUCGAGUGCUGAGUAUCUCGACAGAGCGGCAUCGAGCGGAGGUGCGCAGAGCCGUGAAUGAUGAACGCCUGACCACCAUCGCUUAUCACAUGUCGGGGCCCAACAGCUCGUCUGAGUGGUCCAUCGAGGGCCGUCGGCUGGUUCCUCUCAUGCCCAGACUGGUUCCUCAGACGGCCUUCACUGUGAUGGCCAAUGCAGUCGCCAACGCCACCGCGCACCAGAACGCCUCGCUGCUGCUGCCCGCCGAAACCGCCAACAAAGAAGUGGUUGUGUGUUACUCGUACACCAGCACCACCUCCACCCCUCCCAGUGCAUCGGCUCCCAGCAGCAGCAGCAGCAGCAGCGCAGCAGCGGCCGUUAAAUCCCCUCGACCCGCCAGCCCUGCCUCCAACGUGGUGGUGCUGCCCAGCGGGAGUACGGUCUACGUCAAGAGCGUGAGCUGCUCCGACGAGGACGAGAAACCCCGUAAGAGGCGGAGAACCAACUCGUCUAGCUCCUCCCCCGUGCUGCUGAAGGAGGUGCCUAAAGUGGUCGCGCCCAUUUCCAAAACCAUCACGGUUCCGGUGAGCGGCAGCCCCAAGAUGAGCAACCUGAUGCAGAGCAUCGCCAACUCGCUGCCGCCGCACAUGUCGCCGGUGAAGAUCACCUUCACCAAACCCUCCACCCAGACCACCAACACCACCACACAGAAGGUGAUAAUCGUGACGACGUCUCCCAGCUCCAACUUCGUGCCAAACAUCUUGUCCAAGUCGCACAACUACGCGGCCGUGUCGAAGCUGGUGUCGAGCGCCGCGCUGACCGCGUCCAACCAGAAACAGACCAUGGUGAUCUCAGCCAGCUCCAGCGCGGCCCCGGGGCCCAGUCCUGUCGCCGUCACGACCGUAGUGUCCUCCACACCUUCAGUGGUGAUGUCCACCAUCGCGCAGGGCGGGUCGUCCGCGGCGGUGAAGGUGGCUUCCACCCGUCUGCCGUCGCCCAAGGCUCUGGUCAGCUCUCCGUCUCAGAUCCUGCAGAUUCCCAAAGCGCAGCAGCAGACGGCGGUUCAGGCUGCGUCUCCUAAAGGCCUGCAGGCCACAUCCAUCUCCUCUCCUCAGAGCGCCGGCGCCGCCGGAGCCAAACCCACCAUUCAGAUCAAACAGGAGUCUGGAGUGAAGAUCAUCACGCAGCAGAUGCAGCCCAGUAAGAUCUUACCCAAACCCUCCAGUGCGGCUCUGCCCAGCAGUAGCUCCGCCCCCAUCAUGGUGGUCAGCAGCAACGGCGCCAUCAUGACCACCAAACUGGUGUCCACUCCCACAGGCACUCAGGCGACGUACACACGGCCGUCCGUCAGUCCUGCUAUCGGCGCACGUGUGGCCACGUCUCCCGCCGGAGCCACGUACGUCAAAACCACCAGCGGCAGCAUCAUCACGGUCGUGCCCAAGUCUCUAGCCUCGCUCAGCGGGAAGAUCAUCACCACCAACAUGGUGUCGGGAACCACCACUAAGAUCACCACCAUCCCCAUGACCUCCAAACCCAACGUCAUCGUGGUGCAGAAGACCACCGGCAAAGGGACGACCAUCCAGGGUCUGCCGGGGAAGAACGUGGUGACGACGCUGCUGAACGCGGGGGGAGAGAAGACCCUGCAGGCCGUGCCAGGAGCCAAACCCGCCAUCAUCACCGCAUCACGGCCCAUCACCAAAAUGAUCGUGACGCAGCCCAAGAGCCUCGGCGCAGGCGUCCAGCCGUCCACUACCACCAAAAUCAUCCCCACCAAGAUCGUCUACGGACAGCAGGGCAAAACACAGGUCCUCAUCAAGCCCAAGCCCAUGGCGUUUCAGACGGCGGUGGUGAGCGAACAGGCCCGUCAGCUGGUCAGCGAGACGCUGCAGCAGGUCACACGGAGCGUAGAAUCCGCUACUGCAUCCGGCCAGGAGGGGGCGCCCAAGGACGACUCAUCCUCGUAUACGGAGGGCAGCCCGGUGUCGUCUGACAGCACUCACGACUCUCAGCCGGUGGUGCACGUGAUCACCUCCAGAGGGCAGGAGUGGACGGAGCAGGAGGUGGCAGUGGAAGCGAGUCCCACCAUCAUUUACCAAGACGUGACGGGAGAGUCUCAGUCGGCCACGUCCACCAUCAAAGCCCUGCUGGAGCUGCAGCAGACCAGCGUAAAAGAGAAGAGCGACGCCAAACCGCGCCAGCACACCAUCGACCUGAGCCAGAUGGCAGUGCCGAUCCCGGUGACGGCGGAGAGGAGACAGUCACCGGAGCCGUCGGGUCAGAGCGCGGGAGAGACGGACGCCGUCACUGAAUACAUCCCCAUCGCUGUUUCAGGUAAAGUGUGUAAGGCUGUGAUCACAGGAGACGUCGCUGCAUCCAGCAGCCAGAGUCAGGCAGUGUCCCUUCCGCCAUCAGCAGUGCCGACGACAGCCAAGAGCAGCACCACCGCAUCCGCUGCCUCAGGACAUGCAACACAACAGGUGGAGGCGUGUGUGCCGCAGGUGAAGCCGCUGCAGGAGCAGAUGGUGGUGGAGGAGGGCGAGUUAGAGGGCGACACUCUGGAUCCUCAGACGGGUCUGUUCUACCGCUCGUCUCAGCAGCACCGCAGUCCUCCGCCCAAACCUGCGGCCGGCCCGUCUGACACGCCCACUUCCUCUAAGAGGGCGGAGCCGCUCACGGCCAGAGUCUCCAUACAGAGAGUUGCCGCGUCUGCGUCUGUAGGCCCUCAGCUGGCGGCGGCGCUCGUCUCCUCGAACCCUCCACACACACCGCAGCUGCCCAAACUGCAGCAGGCGCCCUCCUCACACCACCGGCCCAACACACACACGCAGCUGUCGCAGCCGCCGCCGUUGCAGGCGCAUCACCCCGUGGGCUCCAGCAAGACGCCCAGCAGCAGCCAGGUGCAGCAGCCAAUCAUCACGCAGGGCGCGGCCGUCACCAAGAUCACGUUCGGCAGUCAUCAGUGUCCGCCCGUGUCCAGCAGCGGCGAGGCGUCGGUCAAGCUCCAGCCGGAGUCCAGCUCCAGUCUGACGACGACAGAGAAGACCUCCUCCUCCGUCUCAGACAUCCUGAAGAUCUCCAUGAUGGAGGCAGAGAUCGACCCCAGCGUGGAGCCCAUGGUGGUGGACUCGUCCAGCGACUGCGGGCCGCUGACCAAAACGCCGACCGCCUCGCCGCUCAUCAGCAGCUCCAAACAGACGCUCGCUCACGGGCCCUUCGGCCGCGUCAAGAGCAAAGACCUGGACAUCAUACAGGUGAUCCCGCAGUACUCCAUCAUGCCCGACUCCAGCCAGUCUAACGUGGUGGUGGAGCCCAGCGGAUUCCUGGAGAUCACCGACUACACCAGCCAGCGCCUGGACGAGGAGGCCGCCAUGGAACAGGAAGUGGACAGCAGCAACGACGAGGGGGCGGCGGCCAGCCCCAUGGCCGACCAAUCACAGUGAAGCGUGUGGAUUUGAUUAUUUCAGAGGAGAGAGACCUUCUGUUUGUUCUUCAUCACGGCUGUAUAGAGAAUCAUGCAGUGAGUUUGUGCUUUAGAGCGAAACCUUACUUUGUGGAGAAUCCGAUUCCUGACCGAACGAUAGGAACGUUUGUGUUGAUUUCUACUUAAAGGGACAGUUCACCCAAAAAUGACCAUUCUGUCUUCAUUUACCGAUCAAACCUGUGUGUUUCUUUCUUCUGCUGAGCACAAAAGAACACGUGAUGAAGAAUGUUAGUGAACAAACAGCCAUUGGUAGUCAUUGCAUGGCAUACUAGGGGAAAAAAUACUAUGGAAGACUUUAACUACCCGGUUACCAACAUUUUGAAAAAAUGGAUAAACACGACAGAAGAUAUUUCAUAGGGCCCUAAAAUGUCAAACCCUAAAUAAACCCUAAAUAAAUAUUUUGAAAAAUGUGUGCAAUCAAACAGCUGACGGUAGCCAUUGACUUCUACAGUAUGGAAAAAAAAAAUACUAUACGAAGUCAGUGGGGACCAAAAUAUCAACAUUUCAUGCAAGAGAUUUCACAUAGCCCUGAAAAUAUAAUUUUUGUCAAAAAUGGUAAAAUGGUAAAAAAAGGUAGCCAUUGACUUCCAUACUAGGAAAAAAAAAAUAUGGGAGUCAAUAGGGACCAAAAUAACUUUGGUUGUGUUUAACAAUUCAUGCAAGAUAUUUCACAUAAAAUUUAAUUUUUGUUAAAAAUGUUAAGAAUGUUAGUAAUCAAACAGCUGACGGUAGCCAUUGACGUCCAUACUAGGAAAAAAACACUAUGGAAGUCAUUGACUACCAGGUUACCAGCAUUUUUAAAAAUAUGUUGUAUGAGCUGAUAAACACGACAGAAGAUAUUUCAUAGGGCCCUAAAAUGUCUUUUUUGUACAAAAACUAAAUAAAUAUUUUUAAAAAAUCUGUGCCAUUGACUUCUGUAGUAUGGAAAAAAAUACUAUACGAAGUCAGUGGGGACCGAAAUAUCAACAUUUCAUGCAACGGAUUUCACUUAGUGUUGAAAAUAUAAUUUUUGUUAAAAAUGUUGGGAAUGUUAGUAACCAAAUAACUGACGGCAGCCGUUAACUUUUUGACGGAAGAUAUUUCAUAGGGCCCUAAUAUUACAUUUUUUGUAAACAAACAAACAAACUAAAUAAAUACUUUAAAAAAUGUGUGUAACCAAACAGUUGAUGGUAGCCAUUGACUUCUAUGGCAUGGAAAAACAUAUUAUAUGGACCAAAAUAUCACAUAGUCCCAAAAGUACAAUUUAUUGUUGUUAAAAAUGUUAAGAUUGUUAGUAAUCAAACAGCUGACGGUAGCCAUUGACGUCCAUACUAGGAAAAAAACACUAUAGGAGUCAAUGGCUACCAGGUUACCAGCAUUUUUAAAAAUAUGUUGUAUGAAUUGAUAAACAUGACAGAAGAUAGUUCAUAGGGCCCUAAAAUGUUAUUUUUGCUAAAAAAAAAAAACAAAAAACAAAACGAAAUAAAUAUUGACGGUAGCCAUUGACCGCUAUAGUAUGAAAAAACAUAGUAUACGUUUAAGUCAGUUGGGACCAAAAUAUCAACAUUUCAUGCAAGAUAUUUCAUAUUUCCCUAAAAGUACAAUUUUGGUUAAAAAUGUUAGUAACCAAAAAGCCAUUGACUUUCAUAGUAAGGAAAAAAAUGCUAUGGGAGUCAAUGGAGACCAAAAUAUCUUCUGUUGUUUUUAACAAUUCACGCAGAGCCCUAAAAAUAUCAUUUUUGUUAAAAAUGUUACAAAUAUUAGUAACCAAAAAGCUGACGGUAGCCAUUGACUUUCAUAGUAAGGAAAAAAAGGGGACCAAGAGCUGUUUGUUCACCAACAUUCUUCAAAAUAUUGAAGUAAAUGGUGACAGAGGGGUCACUUUGCCUGAACAGUCUCUUUAGUUUAUAGUUUUAAGUAGAGCUGAUGGACUGGAACCUUCCAGAUGAUGAUGAUGAUGAUGAUGACGAUGACGAGCGCUGCUUCAUCAGGACGUUUUGUGACUCCGCCUCCGCUUGUGUUCUGCUCUCCGAUUGGUGUAAAUAGCGUUUGACGGUCGUGCCCUCGCUCAUGUAAAGCAGUGUCUCAUUUGAGUCUGGUUUGUGCUCGAUGGAUGUACCGCUCAGCAUUUUAACUCUAUAAACUUUACUACAAAGCUC